CGUUGCAGAGCCUCCACCCCCACCCCAGCGCCGAGGAGGUGCCGGGCUGUGGUUGCACCGCCCCCAGCACCCCUAGAGCCAAGGAGGUGGUUCGUCGUUUCUUGUUGGUCUUUUCCUGUUGGUUGGACAUUUCUCUCUCCCUGUUGAAUGUUUCCUGUUCUCUGAAGAAUAUUUAUCAUUCCAUCUUCCAAAUGUGGAAAAUCAUCCUUAACACCUUUUGUUUUCCUGGAGUGAAGCAACACAUCUACACCCUGACUGUCUUCCUGUUUAGUUCUGUGGCCUGGGUAUUGGGUAUCACCCUAGUGAGCAGUGUAUCCUGGCGCGUGUGGGAAUUUGACAGCCAUGUUGUUCCCAUUGCCUUCAUUGGCCUUUGGGAUGCUCAAUAUUAUGUCAGGCAAAACAACUCUGGCACAGUGGUUGAUGUGCCAGUAGAUACCAGCAUCCACAGGGGGUGGACCCAGGCAAUUGAGCUUGAUUAUGCAAAAGAACUAAUGGUGUUGGUGAAUUUUACUCAGCCAGCAGCCCUGAUUCUCAGCAUAGUGGCCUUCCUAGUAAGCAGGCUGAAGCCCACCUACCCAGAAUUUCUGAGACUCUAUUACAGAAGCGCGGCCCUCCUUCUUUUCCUCAGCUCUGGCUCUGUGGCUCUGGCUGUGAGCUGGAACUAUGCCAUGGAUAUUUCUGGCCAAAGCACCCUUGAUUUCCCAUUAGAGUUUACUGUGGGCAAAGAGACUGUGACCAAGAAACACUUCUCCUAUGUGUUCCCACUAGGGAUCGUCACUGCCACUCUGUCCCUCCUCAGUGGCAUCCUAUGCUUUGGGCCCAUGAGCUUCACAAAGCCCAAGUCAAUGGCAGCGGCAGAUGUGCCCUAAGGAAAGCUCAGAACUGAGAGCCAGGAUGUGUGGGAAGGCCUGAGCACAGGGUGCUUGGGAAAUUGCCACCUACUUAGCAUUCUGAAGCAACUAUGUCCUCACC